AUGUUGUGUUCCAAUCGAAUUACGUGUAACUGGCAUGAUACACCUUACCUCUGUACAGCCGUCCUUCGCCAGCAACCGACUGUGAGCUGGUUCAAUAAUGCAGAUGAGGACACUGAAUGGAAUGAUAUCCUGCGAAAGAAAGGCAUAUUACCACCGAAGGUCAGUGUUGUUGAAAAACCUCCUCCUUCUCCGCCAGAUCCAAAAAGUCUGUUAGAGAAGUUAACGGCAGACGAACUAGAGGAGAAGUUGGACCUGGCAGAAGAUGGAGGACUAGAUGAAGAGGACGCGAAGUUCUUGGAAGAAUAUAGGCGCAAGCGGCUGGCAAAACUCCAGGAAGAGGCGAGUCUAGCUAAAUUUGGACAAGUUCGUGAAAUUUCCAAGUCGGAUUGGAAGAACGAGGUUUCUGGCGCUGGCGACGCUUAUGUGGUAAUACACGUAGCUCAACGCGGACACCUCUUGUGUAACAUUGUGGACACGCAUCUGGUCGAAUUAGCUCGGAAAUUCCCUGCCGUCAAAUUUCUUCGGGGGGAAUCCGCACUUUGCAUUCCAGACUAUCCCGAACGGAAUCUUCCCUCUUUACUCAUCUAUCAAGCCGGCGAUUUGAAACAUCAACUGAUUGGACCGGAGGCCAUUGGUGGCAAGUCUAUUACCUCCAAAGGUCUUGAAUGGCGUCUGGCACAGAUGGGUGUGCUCAAAAGCAAACUGACUGAAGAUCCGACCAAACGCAUUCAGAUUUCCACCAUCACUGGUCGGUCUACGAACAGACUGGGUCGUCGGGACCACUUAUCUGACGAAUCGGAUGAUUCGGAUGAUUGAUUUGGGCACAGACUAGUAGACUUGCUUCGAUCUUUCCUAGUGCAUGCUUUCCCCCCGCUUUCUUCCAGGCCUUUUUUUGUAUCCAUUUUGUUUUAUUGCAUGCGCUGCACGGAUAUAGUACACAUGCCUUUUCCAAGCGACUCUGAUCCCAUGUCUUUUGAUAUCGUAGGAUUCAAUCUUUCCUAUUCGCGCACAAGCACAGUAGGGUGGUCCAUUUUUAGCUGAAGCUCGUGGAUAUCCCCUCACCAAUUUCACUCAGGGUUAAACAGCUUUGUGGACGUAUUGGCAGUACGGUUCCCAUUACUCCCAUAGUCCCAUAUUAUUUCUAGUUCCUCACCGGUUGACUUGAGCAUGUUCCUACACGUGCUGAUGGUCAAUUUACGGCGACUUGUGUUAACACUCUGAGUGUGCUCUGAUCUUGCGCAGUUCAGCUUCUCACAGAUGCAGCUCGUGAAUAACCCUGUUACUGAUGUUUGUGGUGCUAAUCAGGCAUCUGACUCACUGUGAUGAUGUGAACAAAUUUAGAGGAAAUCCUGACUGAUGCCAUUGGCUUUGUCCCCCCGCUGUCCAGGUUGGGCUUUGAAGUAAUAUUGACUGCAUUAG